AUGCCCAACCCCAGGCCAGCCAAGCCCUUGGCCCCUUCCUUGGUACUCAGCCCAUCCCCAGGAGCCUCGCCCAGCUGGAGGGCUGCACCCAAGGCCUCAGACCAGCUGGGAGCCAAGGGUCCGGGGACAACCUUCCAGGGCCGGGACCUCCGAGGUGGGGCUCACGCCUCCUCUUCCUCCUUGAACCCCAUGCCACCAUCGCAGCUGCAGCUGCCCACAGUGCCCCUCGUCAUGGUGGCACCCUCUGGAGCACGGCUGGGUCCCUCGCCCCACUUGCAGGCGCUCCUCCAGGACAGGCCACACUUUGUGCACCAGCUCUCAACGGUGGAUGCCCAUGCCCGGACCCCUGUGCUGCAGGUGCGCCCACUGGACAGCCCAGCUAUGAUCAGCCUCCCGCCACCCACUGCUGCUACGGGGGUCUUCUCCCUCAAGGCCCGGCCCGGCCUGCCACCUGGGAUCAACGUGGCCAGCCUGGAAUGGGUGUCCAGGGAGCCAGCACUGCUCUGCACCUUCCCAAGCCCCGGUGUGCCCAGGAAGGACAGCACCCUUUCAACCAUGCCCCAGGGCUCCUACUCACUGCUAGCAAAUGGUGUCUGCAAGUGGCCCGGAUGUGAGAAGGUCUUCGAGGAGCCAGAGGACUUCCUCAAGCACUGCCAGGCAGACCAUCUCCUGGAUGAGAAGGGCAGGGCGCAGUGUCUCCUCCAGAGGGAGGUGGUGCAGUCUCUGGAGCAACAGCUGGUGCUGGAGAAGGAGAAGCUGGGUGCUAUGCAAGCCCACCUGGCUGGGAAGAUGGCCCCAACAAAGGCUCCAUCCACGGCAUCAUCCGACAAGGGCUCCUGCUGUAUCGUAGCCACUGGCACCCCGGGCACCACUGUCCCAGCCUGGCCGGGUCCCCAAGAGGCCCCUGAAGGCCUGUUUGCUGUGCGGAGGCACCUCUGGGGCAGCCAUGCAAACAGCACGAUCCCAGAGUUCUUCCACAACAUGGACUACUUCAAGUUCCACAACAUGCGGCCCCCUUUCACCUAUGCCACCCUCAUCCGCUGGGCCAUCCUGGAGGCUCCCGAGAAGCAGCGGACACUCAACGAGAUCUAUCACUGGUUCACACGCAUGUUCGCCUUCUUCAGAAACCACCCUGCCACCUGGAAGAACGCCAUCCGCCACAACCUGAGCCUGCACAAGUGCUUCGUGCGCGUGGAGAGCGAGAAGGGGGCCGUGUGGACCGUGGAUGAGUUUGAGUUCCGCAAGAAGAGGAGCCAGAGGCCCAGCAGGUGUUCCAACCCCACACCCGGCUCCUGACCUCAAAGCCAAGGAAAGAAGGACAGGGGCCAAAACGGGGGAGUAGAAGUGGCUGGAGGCAGGGGUGACCGACCGGCCCUGGACGUGCCUGCAGGGACCAAGAAGUAAGGUGUGCACCAUCUUGCUGGCCAGGGACCCUGGUCCCCAGCUGACCGCCCUCCUG